AUGUCUGCACCAAAAUAUGUUAAUCAAGAUACAUGGGAAGAAGGACUUAAGAAAUGGCUCCAGCCUUACUAUAAUGUUUUAACUAAAUAUGGAGGAUGCCCUAUGAUUUUAGAACAGACCGAUAAAGAACUUUUACAAUUAGCAUAUGACGCAGACGAUUUUUGUGAAAAAAACAAAAAUUAUAUGGAAGAACUGCAAGUGUUUAAAAUAGGGAAUAAAAUCUUAUAUAAAUGUAAUGGUGAUUUGGAAUGUACAAAGCAAUGUACCGAAUAUAAAACAUGGUUUGAAGAGAGGAAGACGCACUUUAAAAAUAACAAAAGCUUCAUUGAAAAAAAUUAUAAAUGUAUUAAAAAAAAAAAAGUAUUUCCAACAAGAAGCUGCAAUGUACUUAAUCCUCUCUUAUUUAACAAAAUACCACAAUGCUUAGAAUUGCAUCAAGCUAACCAUGUUAUAUCUGCACUUGAAAUAAAAAAACAAAGUACACCUGAAGAACAAUUUCAAAUGACAGAUAAUGAAUUAUCUAGUACUCAAGAUAAAAAUACAGAUGAAGCUCAACAUCCACUUAAACCUCAGAUUCCAAUAGAAAAAAGUUCAGUACCUGAAGACCAAACCGAUCAAGCUGAAGUCAUUCAAGCUGAAGAUCCAGAAUAUAAAGAACCUUCACAUUCAAAAUCUUCUGAUAAGUCUGAAGUUUCAAAUAUAUUAAUACAAGAACAAUUCACACAACAAUCUAGAGAAUCUCAAAUGUCAGAAGAACGCCAUAGUAACCAAACCCUUCCUGCAACUGCUCAACGAACCAAUUCUGUCUCAAGUUCUAUUGUUUUCCCUACAAUCCUUAAUAUAGUAGAAUAUUCACAUAAGAACUAUAUAUCACCUAUAUUAAUAAGCAUUCUAGUCAUAACCGUAUUUACCCUUUUUCUUAAAUAUGCUUUAGUAGGAGGGAUUAAAAAAAAAAAAAAAAAAAAAAGAACACAAGUGAAAUUACUGAAAAUUCUACUACCUUCAUUUACUGACAAAAAAAGUAAAUUUAUAACAAAUGAUCAUACAGAACACUCAGUAUAUGAUAACGAACAAAUCAUAAAAAAAUUAAAAAUACAUGAACAUUCUAUGAAAAAAAAUGAAAACCCGUUAAAGCAAAAAAAGGAUAGAUUUAAAACUAUCAUAGAAGUACAUAUGGAAGUACUCGGAGAAUCCAAAAAUGAAGAAUGGGAAUACAAAAAACAAGAAUUUUUACAUAUAUGCCUAGAACUGUUCGCAAAAGCGGAAUAUAGCACAUAUCCCAAUUUGACUAAUGAGGAACUGAUAAUGGAAAAUACUAAAAGCAUUAAUGAUAUUGAAAAACAAAAAAUUCUAUGCAAUAAAUGGGUAAGAGAACAUAGAAAUAUUUCUGAAAAAUUGAAAAAAACAGACUGGUUUAAUAAUUUGAAAAAUGAAUGGAAAAACGAAAAAGAUACUAUAAAAAAUAGUGUAGAAUUAAAAAUGAAUUUUUCAAAUGAAAAUCAAAAAUUUUCAUUUUUAGAAAAAGAAAAAGAUUUAUGGAAAAAAUGGAUAUCAAAAAAGCAUAUGAUUAUAGAACAAUAUUUGCAACAAAAAUGGUUUGAUGAAUUUACACAAGAAUUUCUCAAUAUGUCAGAUGAGUAUGUAAAUGAAGAAAGUAAAAAUAACAUUUCACUAUUAAAUUCACAAGAAUUACGGAGUAAAGAAUUCCAUGAAGAAUUAUAUAGUUAUAUAAAAAAAAAAUUAAUUGCAAAAUUGUGCAUACUAGUAUUCAUGAUGGUAUUGGAAGAAUGCAAAAAAGAAGAUUUUAUAGAAAAUGAGGGAUUACAUUUGGAUAGUUACAUAAAUGACUGGACAACAGAAGUAAACUUAGGGAGAAAAUCAGAUGUUACAAAAGAAAUAAUUAAAUUUAAUGGAAAUGUUUUAGAAAAUACAGAAAAUACAAAAAUUCCUGCUUAUACAGGGAAGGAAGUUCUUAGCCAGGAAAUAGAAAAAUGGGUAAGAGUAGAAGAUACACCGGAGAAUUCCAUAUAUAACGAGAAUAUAGUAGAAUAA